UUAUGUUUUUGGUUCAGAAAUAUCAACAUUCAGCGUAUCCAGUGGUUUGCAGAAAUGUACAAUGGCAACAUUGUUUAUAGACUAGCAAAUAACCUAAAUCUAUUGUAGUGCAUGCUGAAAGCCAAUGUAGUGGUUUGACAACAGGUGUAAUGUGCUAUUUUUGCCAUAUUUCUUUAAGGACAGUUUUAAAACAUAAGGAAUCAAGAUGAGCCCUAACUUCUCCUCUCUUUACUAUGCAACAAAACUAUCAUUGCUGUUUUAUCUUUGUUUAGGAUUAUAAAACAAUAUGACUCAUCGACUGCUGGGUAUCCUCAGUAAAUUGUAUAACCAUCGUGAAUCCAAAUGUUGGCUUAUAUUAUGAAAAUAUAUUGUUGCUUCCUCAAAGUAUCAUAACUGAUCUGGACACGCCCGUCUCUCACGCUGACAUUACUACUGGGAUGGGAUGUAUCUUCACAGUUUACACUUCAAAAAUCUGUUAUUUCAAGAAGCCUGGCAAUACAUUCUGCUAUUUUUGUGAUGUUUCUGGGCACAACUCUGGUGAAUUCCUUUAACUUUGGUAAUCUUACUGCUUUGUACAUGUCAUCAUUUGCAGAUUUGGACCUGCGAGCACUUCACUUCAAGAGCAGAAGACAUACACUUUUACUGCACAGACUACAAGUCUCAAAUAUUUUCUGAUUAGGCCAAGCUACCUCUUCAGAGGGAAGGUCCUGGUAUCAUCUGAUUGUAUAUUUAGUACUUCUAAAACAAAAUGACGGCUAUGAUGGCUGGGAUUUUUUCCAGAAGCCCCAAACGGCUGGCUGAUGCUGUUAAAGCAAAAAGCACAUUGCUAAAACCUCAGACAGGGCCGCUCUCUGUUUAUAAAGUUCCCCUGAAGGAAGAACCAAUCGAUGUAGAUGGGUGUAAACGUUUCAGUUUUGGGAAAGAGUCCAAACCUGGUAUAUCUAAUCGCACGAUAAUGGUUCUCGGAGCGACUGGGGCUGGAAAGUCAACUCUCAUCAAUGGGAUGAUCAAUUACAUCCUAGGUGUUAAAUGGGAGGAUUCAUUUCGGUUUAAGUUAGUUGAUGAGGGUCAGGGGAAAUCACAAGCUGAAAGCCAGACCUCUGAAGUCACUGUGUACAAGAUCAACCACCAGGAUGGUUUUGAAAUAGAUUGCUCACUGACCAUUGUGGACACUCCAGGCUUUGGAGAUACAAGAGGCAUAGCAAGAGACAGAGAGAUCACAGAACAGCUACGUAAUCUCUUCUCUGCUGAGCACGGCGUCAGUGACAUUGACGCUGUGUGUUUCGUAGCUCAGGCUGCUUUAGCACGACUCACGCCAUCACAGAAAUAUGUGUUUGAUUCGGUGCUCUCAAUCUUUGGCAAAGAUGUGGCGGACAACAUCCGGAUUUUGGUGACAUUUGCAGAUGGCCAGCAACCACCAGUUCUAGAAGGAAUCAAUGCUUCAGGUGUCCCAUGUCCUAGAACAAAGAACGGGCUGCCAAUUCACUUCAAAUUCAACAAUUCAGCGUUGUUUGCAGACAACAAAUCAUCUGCAGCAGACAACAUGAGUGAUGAAGACGAAGAUGGAGACUUUGAUAAGAUGUUUUGGAAAAUGGGGACAAAAAGCAUGAAGAGGUUCUUUGUUGCUUUGAAUAUCAUAGAAACCAAAAGCUUGAAAAUGACAAAAGAGGUCCUCAGAGAAAGAAAGCAGCUCGAGAAUUCAGUUGAAAACUUGCAGAAGCAGGUUAAAGUUGGGUUAACCACGCUUGAGGAGAUAAAACAGACAGCUGCGAUACUUAAAGAUCAUGAGGCAGAGAUCAGCAGAAAUGCGGACUUUGAGCUGAAAGAAAAGUACCUGAAAGCCUCAAAGGCUAAGGCACCUGUUCAGGCGUUGGUUGUAGAACUGAAGGCUGAAUACAAACGUGUGGAGGAUGAGGUAGUGAAACUGAUGGAGAGCUCUGGUAAGUGCUUAAACAGACUUAAAGAGAUAGCACUGAAGCCGAAUCCUCUCUCUACUCCAGAGUACAUUGACAUGCUGAUUGAGGGAGAGAAAUCUGAGGCCAAAGAUGGCUGGAAGCAACGAGUUGACUACCUGAUAACCAUGAGAGAAAACGCAGUGAUCAUGUCUAAAGUAGGCAAAGGAGAGAAACUCCUCAAACGUCAAGAAUCUCAAAUCUAGGCCUACCAAAACCAUGAUGAGACCAAAGAGGAUUCCAUCAAGACCAAGACGAGACCUAUUCUGACAUGUAUAUAAAAAUAACUGGAAAGGAUUGUGAGUGACACUGAUCAAGGCUCAGACGGGACCAAGACUUUUUAAUGGCUAUAGCCAAGACAACAGAGUUACGACGACACAAGUUCACGGGACCUGUAGUUUAUUGUUUUCUGAGCUUAACUAGAAACUGUUGUAGAAGAACUGAUUUGUUUUAGAACAUAGACAGUAAACCUUGAAAUAAAUGCUGAAUGAGAGAUUGUAUUGAGUUACAGAAGCCAGUGGAACAGAAGCUAGACAGGAAGUGAAGUCAGGACUUCAGCUCUCAUUAGAGUGCUCCAGGGAUGAUGUAUUUUUUGUAGGCCAACCAGGAAGUUAGCAUCGCCCUGGUUCUCUCGACAAAAAGCCAAUGGGAUUGUUCCAUUGGGUUUUGGAUUAUUGCAGAAAAUGAACUCUG